CCUAACGGCUGAAAAAAUAAAAAAAUAAAAAAGGGGGAAUGGACGCGAAGACGCAGCAGCAGCAGCAGCAUCUGUACCAAACGAUGAGCGUUGUGUCGCUUUGAACGGCUCUUGGUUUAAAAAAUAAGGAUAAAGACGAGCUGCUGUCACCAUGUAUGGUUUUGUGAAUCACGCCUUGGAGCUGCUCGUUUUGAGGAAUUACGGCCCGGAUGUGUGGGAAGACAUCAAGAGGGAGGCACAGCUUGAUAUCGAGGGUCAGUUCCUGGUUAGAAUCAUAUAUGAAGAUGCCAAAACAUACGACCUUGUUGCUGCUGCGAGCAAAGUUCUCAAGAUCGAUGCAGGAGACAUCUUGCAGUUGUUCGGGAAGAUGUUUUUUGAAUUUUGCCAAGAGUCGGGUUACGACACGAUCCUGCGCGUGCUGGGAUCAAAUGUUCGUGAAUUCCUGCAGAAUUUGGACGCUCUACACGACCACCUCGGUACCAUCUAUCCCGGCAUGAGGGCCCCCUCAUUCCGCUGCACGGACGCAGAAAAGGGGAACAAUCUGAUUCUUCACUACUACUCAGAGCGGGAAGGCCUGCAAGACAUUGUGAUUGGCAUCAUUAAAACCGUCGCUCAACAAAUCCACGGAACAGAGAUCGAGAUGAAGAUGAUCCAACCGAAAAGCGAGGAGUGCGACCACAUCAAGUUUCUGAUCGAGGAGAAGGACUCGGAGGAAGAGGCGUUCUACGAGGACCUGGAUGGCUUCGAGGAGAACGGCACACAGGAGACUCGAAUCAGCCCGUACACGUUUUGCAAGGCCUUCCCGUUCCACCUCAUGUUUGACAAAGACCUGAUGCUCACACAGUGUGGGAACGCCAUUUACAGGGUCCUGCCUCAGCUCCAGCCUGGUACCUGUAUCCUACCUUCAGUUUUUUCUUUGGUCCGUCCUCACAUUGACUUCAGUUUUCAUGGCAUCCUCUCCCACAUCAACACCGUCUUCGUUCUGCGAAGCAAGGAGGGCCUGCUGAAUGUGGAGACUGUAGAGAACGAGGACGAGCUAACGGGGGUGGAGAUCAGCUGUCUGAGAUUGAAAGGACAGAUGAUUUACUUGCCAGAGGCGGAGAACAUCCUUUUUCUUUGCUCACCCAGUGUCAUGAACCUGGAUGAUCUCACACGAAGGGGGCUGUACCUGAGUGAUAUCCCCCUGCACGACGCUACUCGUGACCUGGUGCUGCUGGGCGAGCAGUUUCGUGAGGAGUACAAGUUGACCCAAGAGCUGGAAAUCUUGACAGAUCGUCUGCAGCACACACUCCGGGCCCUGGAGGACGAGAAGAAGAAGACGGACAGAUUGCUCUAUUCCGUUCUGCCGCCAUCUGUUGCCAACGAGCUGCGACACAAACGGCCCGUCCCGGCAAAACGCUACGACAACGUGACCAUCCUCUUCAGUGGCAUUGUGGGAUUCAACGCCUUCUGCAGCAAGCACGCCUCGGCCGAGGGAGCCAUCAAGAUAGUCAACCUGCUCAAUGAUGUUUACACACGUUUUGACAUCUUGACAGACUCCCGGAAUAACCCUUAUGUAUACAAGGUGGAAACAGUGGGUGAUAAAUACAUGACAGUCAGCGGCCUACCAGAGCCGUGCACACACCACGCCAAGUCAAUCUGCCACCUCGCUCUUGAUAUGCUGGAGAUCGCUGGACAAGUCAAAGUGGAUGACGAACCAGUACAGAUUACUAUCGGGAUCCACACAGGAGAAGUAGUGACCGGGGUGAUUGGUCAGAGGAUGCCCAGAUAUUGCCUUUUUGGAAACACGGUCAACCUCACAAGUCGCACAGAAACUACUGGUGAAAAGGGGAAAAUAAAUGUCUCCGAAUAUACUUACCGGUGCUUGCAGUCUGCUGAGAACGCUGACCCUCAGUUUAAUCUGGAGUAUCGGGGCCCCGUCACCAUGAAAGGAAAGAAGGAGCCAAUGAAGGUGUGGUUUCUGUCCAGGAUGCCCACUGACACUGACUCCACACACAGUUAGAGCUUAACAAAUCAGAUACAACACUAAAACACCACAAGUGUCAUCCAACUGAGGCUUCAGUAUGAUACCGUCUAGUAUUUUCUUUAUAACGACACAGAUCAUGAGGCGGGGAUGGGAUGGAUCAGAUGAAAUGAUUAUUUAUCCACAGACACGUCGAUAUUUUUAAUAUGUGAUUUGAAUCUUUACCGUUGCUCUUCCUUCUCUUCCGCUUGACCGUGAUCUGUCAUGACCUCACUAUAUUUAUUUUUAGUGCACACGCAAUUUAGUCAAGUGUUUCCUGAACAGUAGCGGUUAGUGAUACGUAUACGGUACAUUGAAGUUUGAUACUUUUUUGGACACUGUUAUUGUACGUGAUAAUCACAAAAGGUUUUGAUAAACAAAACAUUUUUGCAUCUAUGUUAAAGCUUAAUGUUCAGCUGCUAAUGUUGCCAAAAAAUACUCAGAUUUAUAGUCUUUAUCAUUCCAAACAACUCAUUUCACUUCACAUGGAUCAAUAUAUAUUUUAACAUUUACACUUAUGGUCACAGUGACAAAAUUUAGAUUUAAAAUGAAAGAGUGUAUUAAGAAUAAUACUAGAGCUUGAUAUAUUUGUGCCAAUACAUUAUCUUUUGAGGGACCCCUUUUAUUUUUUAAACCACUGGUUGUGUUAUUAAGUUUUACACUGAAUAUGUUACACUGGCAUCAAGACCAUUAGAAGAAAUACAAAUUUAGAUAUCAUAGAUGUGUAAUUUAGAUUUAUAAUCACCUUUUUCAGCAGUUCUUUGGCACAAAAGCAACAUUAGAUUCAUAUAGUGCAUUUCAAAGAAGUGGUUCAUGUUUUUUUAAAAGUCAGAUGUUGAGCCAUUACUAAACCUGCGUCAUCAUGUAUCAACCACUGAAUUAUUAAAAGAGUCUUAUAAUUAAAAUUGAGCACUACACACUAAUUUAUUCAAUGUAUUUAUUGCACCUCUCCACUUAUUGCAAAUUCACUUUUCAGUUCUACUAAACAUUGUUGAGAUAUCCCUAAUGAUCUACCAGUGUAUAUUUAUUGUCAACAUGAUAUUAUUUGAUAUUUAUUCUUUUUUCAUUAUUAAAUGUGAUUAUGACCUAGAAAACAGAAUAUACAGUGACAAAAAACAAGAAAACAAACAAACUCGAUUAUGGAUAAAAAAUGCUGUUCUGUGCCUCUAAGUUAAACUAUGUGCUGUAUGUGUUUCACAUGUAAUGUACCACACUUUUUUCACUCUACUUUUACAAAGUCAUUAUUAUUAUUAUUGUUAUUAAACAUCACAUAAUGUCCUCGAAGGGAAUUUUCUCUAACUAUUCAGUCUCCUGUGUACGAAACAAUCAGGUGCCUCUUCAACUGUACGAGUGCAUUUCUGUGCUUGUAAGACACAAAUGUUUUAUUUUAACAAUGUUUCUGUCGGGAGGUAACUAAUAAAAUAGUCCUGAGAAAAA